UUAAUAAAUUUGGCGGUACUAAAGAAUAGCAUAAAUCUUUGAUUAAUUUAGAAUAAAAAUAUUAAUUAAAAUGGCUAAUUUUAAAUAAUUUGCAAUGACUUUUGUGCUCAUUAUGGUUAUAAGUCAGAUCAGAGUAGUUUUUACUACAAAAUAUUGACUUCCGUCAGUACAGGAAAAGGAAGUGGUAUGAGAGCUCACAGUAGCAGACACAGUGUCGUGUUCAGCCCUCAGUGGCUGUGGAGCUCGGACGACAAUUACUGCUUGCCUCCCGUACUGGGGACACUGAACUAAUAAUGGAACUGAUGGCCAAAGGAGCACCAUUUGCCACAGACUGGAUGGGAACCUCUCCAUUGCACUUUGCUGCGUCUAAUAACCAUGAGGAAACUUGUGCUGUGUUACUAAGAGCAGGUGUCAGCAGAGAUGCCAGGACUAAAGUGGAAAGAACUCCGCUACACAUGGCAGCAUAUGCAGGGCAUGCUGGGGUUAUCACAUUGUUGCUGUCACAUGGAGCUUUGGUGGAUUGUCGGGACAUGCUGGAGAUGACCCCGCUGCACUGGGCUAGCGUGCGCGGACACGAAGACGCGGCGCGCGCUCUGCUUCAGGCGGGCGCCGACCCGCGCGUUCUCUGCAGGUUUCGCAAGUCGCCGGCCGCUCUCGCUGCCCGUCAUGGACACACGGAGCUGAUGCAGCUACUCACCGACGCCGAGCGCUCUGCGGAGCAGUUGGUGGAUGAGAACGAUCCGAUGAAUAUUAAAGAGGACAUUUCUACAGUAGAAAUGAUACCAGAAAUCAAGGUUUCUGAAGAGACAAAAGAAGACGAAGCACCUGCUGCAGCAAGUACAACAACAGAGACGGCGGAAGAGGUUCGCUGUGGGGCCUCCAGCGAGCCGGCUGAGCAGUUGCUGCGGCGGCACGGCAUCACGCUGCUGCCGCGCGACACCGGCAGUACGGUGCUGUCCGCGCUGCAGAGCGGUCGCACCGUGCUGCUCUCAGACGCGGGAAAGCUGAUGCUGAAGGAGAGCUGCGAGGUGGCUGCGACGGCCCCACCCCCCCCUGCCGCGCCCCCCACCUAUCAGCAAGUGAAGAUCGUUCAGCUGCCUGGUUCCAAUAAACCAGUGGUGUCGACCGGCAAGCGAAGGAUCGUGAGCCGUGUGGGUAAAGUAGGGGGGAGCGCGGCACAACCGGUGCGGAUUGUACUCAACAAGGAGAACUUUAAUAAACUGCUGUUGUCCGGCAAGAAUACCGUCACCACCGUAAUACGAAACGGAAACUAUGUUUCGGCUGUGAAGCCGGUCACGGUGAAGACCGAGCAGCCGUCGCCGGGGAGCGUGGGGGGCGGGGCAAUGGGCGGGGCCUCAGGUGAGUGCGGGCGGUGCGCGGGGCUCCGGGCGGCGCUAGGCGCGGCGAGGGCCUCCGUACAGUCGCUGAGGCACCAGCUGGCUCGCUGCCGGGAGCGACUGGCGCUGUACGAGGACACCUAG